AUGUACAUCGACAUCAUCAACAACAACAACAUCACCGCCAUCUUCGUCAAAAACAACAACGUCAUUAUCAUUAUCUAUAUCAUCAACAACAAUAACAACGAUGACGUCAUCGAAAACUUCAUCAACGAUAAUAACAACAACAACAUCGACCGUGGCUACCAAUAUGACGGCGCUAUCGAAUUACUCUGUAAUGUCAACAACCAGCAGCAACAACAACAUCAGCAGCAGCAACAACAACAACUACACAACAACAAACCAUGGUGUGCUGUUGCUUAUUGGGAAUGCUCUAAGCUUAUUGGCCAACAAUCAUUCAACCAUUCGACGUCCUACGUAAACAUUUUUCAACAGUCGAAGUUUCAAAAAGAGUUCCAACAACAUCAGCAGCAGCAUCAACAACAUCAGCAACUGCAGCAGCGGAAGCAACAACGACAGCUAGUGAAAAAUCUUCAUACAAAACUAGAUUCACCUUCAUUAUCAUCUUCAUCGUCGCUCAACUAUAAAAUUGAGCGUAAAAAAGAAAGAAUAAAGAAAUCAUUAUCAUCAUCUACAGUAGCUCUGAUAUCGUCAUCAUCAUCAUCUUUCUCAUCAUUAUCAUCAUCAUCAUCAACUUCGUCAUCAUCCUCGUCACGAAUUUUCAACGGCGAAAUGAUAUGCCUAGAAGUAAUGCAGUCAUCUCCAUGCAGCGACGCGGCCAUUUUGAAAUGUCGGCCAAAGAUAGGAAUGGGCGUAGUGAUGUGCCGGCAAGAGAACAAUGGCCGAGUUUGGCUUCAUAACCGAACUAAAUACCCUAUUUUCGUGUCUAAGUCAGAGGACACCGCAAAACGAAUACAUGGUCGACGUUGUUGUUGUUUAUGCUGUUGUUGUAGUUGCGAAUGUCUUUAUAAUUGCAAUUGUUGUUGGUGUGGUUCGAAUUUCAAUGAACUAAGUAAUUUUAACGUUAAUAAUAUCAAUAAUCAGUGCAUAUGUAACAAUAAUGGUGAUGAUGAUAAUAAUGUUAAUGAUAGUUUUGGCAUUAACGAUGAUUAUUAUGCUUCUAACAGUCAUCAUCGUCAACAGCAUUAUAGUUUAUGUUCAAAAGAUAAGGACAACAAUAAUAAUAAAAAUUGUAAUAAUAAUAAUAAUGAUAUCUCAAAACACACUGUGAAUAAAAACUCUAAAUCCUGGAAAAACCCAUGUGAUAAUUAUAAACCGAAGGUCUCCAAAUGGGGCUUGAAGGUCACCAAAUUGUUACCCGGCCACUGCAUGAAGAUACACGACCCCAAUCCAACUAUUGACGGGACAAAACGCAACUGUUGUUGUUGUUGCUACUGUUGCUGCCAUGCUAACAAACGUAUUACGACUAACAAUAAACGUCAAACCGAUCGUUGUUGCCCUUGCCAUAAAAACCAUGAUUGUUGUCGCAGUGAGAGUAGGGGUUGUCGCGGAAAGCAAAGUUUCCCUAGCAACCAAAAUUGUCAUGGUUGCGUGACAAAUUGUGGCAAUCAAAGCUCUUCCUAUGACGAAUUUCCCAGAUCAGAUAAUGGUCGGUACUGUAGUAGCGUGCAGGUGAGCUUCGCUAAAGGUUUCGGUAGAGAAUACACAAGACAGUCCAUUUUGUAUUGCCCAUGUUGGUUUGAGGUACUGUUUAACAUCAGUGAAGGUGUAGUAGAUUGA